CAGCGAACCAACUAUUCGUUUGCUUUUCGUCUUCGUCCUCUCUUUGCCCAGUUGUCGGUCGCCCGCGCCGUCGUCUCCGCUCCGCCGGCCUUCCUGCGAAACCCUAGCGAGGCGAGCGAGAGAGAAACUAGCGGCCAUGUUCGGCUACAGGAAGGCUGACCCGGACCUCGAGGCCGGCGGGUCCUCGCUGCUGUACCCGGGAAUGACGGAGAGCCCCGAGCUGCGGUGGGCGUUCGUCCGCAAGAUCUACGUCAUCCUAGCCGUCCAGCUCGCCAUGACGGCCGCGGUCUCCGCCUUCGUCGUCAAGGUGCCCGCCGUCUCCAACUUCUUCGUCUCCUCCAACGCCGGGGUCGCACUCUACAUCUUCCUCAUCAUCCUGCCUUUCCUCGUGCUGUGCCCUCUGCGCUACUACCACCAGAAGCAUCCGGUCAAUCUGCUGCUGCUCGGCCUCUUCACCGUCGCCAUCAGCUUUGCCGUCGGCAUGACAUGCGCUUUCACUAGCGGAAAAAUCAUUUUGGAGGCUGCCAUUCUUACAGCAGUGGUGGUGAUCAGCUUAACUGCGUACACUUUCUGGGCUGCAAAGAGGGGUCAUGAUUUCAACUUCCUCGGUCCCUUCCUAUUUGCUGCUAUCAUGGUGCUCAUGGUGUUUUCACUAAUCCAGAUCUUUUUCCCGCUGGGUAAGAUAUCUGUGAUGAUAUACGGUGGGUUGGCAUCGCUUAUCUUCUGUGGAUACAUCAUCUAUGACACGGACAAUGUCAUCAAGCGCUACACCUACGAUGAAUACAUAUGGGCUGCUGUUUCACUCUACCUUGACGUCAUCAACCUGUUCCUGUCUCUGCUGCAGCUGCUGAGGGCAGCCGAUAGCUGAGCUCGUCAAGCUUUCACUUCGAUCUUGUUCUCACAUACAUCUGUGUAUAUCACAAACUCUGUAAUGGUCAUGGAUACUCCAAUUUAUAACUAUACUCUGUCGGUGUUACCUUGGUUCAAAUGGUAUGUCUGGCUUUAACGGAUACCCAUGAGAGUUUUAAGAGCGCGGUCAAUAGCUCAGCUGCUUACAAACGAGCUUGGAUAAAAAUCAUAAGCUGUGCAGUAACAGUACAUCUGUACUUGUCUUGAUCAAUUAUUUGCAAUAAUUAUUUAUGAUUUUGCACCAU